UCAAUUACUUAAUUUCUCAUUUUUUAUAUAUCGUAAAUAGCGAUAUCAGUAUUUUACUUCGUAAAGAUAAUGUCAAUUCGCACCAUAUAUACAAAUGUACUUUGAUCAGUGUAGUUUGAGUGAAUAAGCGGACAUAUAACAACAGUAAUACAAAAACAGUCGAGUGGAGAUUAAGAAAGUUAUUAAAAUAAAAUGUUGGCUACAGUUAGAAAUCCUAAAAUGUGGAAAACAUUGACUGGGAGAAGGAUUUUUGUAUUCAGUAGAAAACUGCACUCACUUAAGACGAUAGAAAUACCAAAUUUAUACUUGGACGAGAUGAUCUGGAGAAAUUUAGACAAAUGGUCUAACAAAACUGCUACGGUUUGCGCUGAAACCAACCGUAGUUACACCUAUCAAGAAUUGUAUAACAAAAGUAACUCCAUAGCGUCUUUCUUACACAAAUUUGGCAUGGUUAAAGAUGAUACUGUCGCAAUUAUGCUUCCAAAUAUUCCUGAAUACCCAAUAGUGUUCCUGGGUGCUGUACAAGCUGGUGUGCAAGUUACGCCCUUAAAUCCAUCGUUUACCCCAGGCGAAAUAAGUAAACAAUUAUUGCAAACGAAUUCCAAAUUGGUGUUUUGCACGAAUGAGAAGUAUACCACUGUACUGAAAACGUUACAGUCUGCGAAGCUGUAUGUUCCCAUAGUUACAAUAAACACACAGAAUGGUAUAUCACCACCCAAUGAGUCAAUUAAUUUUGAUGAUAUUUCACAAACAUCGCCGUCUAAUUUUCAACGGGUUAUCCAAAGAGAUGUGAAUGACACAGUAGUUAUUCCAUUUUCUAGCGGAACAGGUGGACACCCUAAAGGAGUGGAACUAACCCACAGAAGCUUAGUGUCCAACUUACAUCAAAUGUGUGUUCACGAAUACGAUACUUUACCCAGUAAAGCCGAUGGUCCAGAACAAGAUGUUAUGCCUUUUAUAUUGCCUAUGUAUCAUUGCUAUGGAAUGACAAUGAUAAUGCUCCAAGGUUUAUUAAGGGGUUGUAAAUUAGUGACUGUUCCAAAAUUAACAUCCACAAUGUUAGUAAACGUUUUAGACAAUUUCCACACGACCGCCCUCUUCAUUGUGCCACCAAUAGUCCUAAUGUUACUAAGCAACAGUCACAUUAAACGCACUCAUUUUAUGAACAUUAAAACCAUUAUGUGCGCAGGAGCUUCCUUAGGAAAAUGGCAACUAAGGGCACUGCGUGAAAAAGUAGGUAUGCACGUGAAUAUUAUUCAAGCUUAUGGUAUGACAGAAGCAUCGCCCUUAACGCAUAUUCAAACCAUGCGUAUUAAAGCUGGUGUGAAACCAGGGGGAGUUGGUUUGCUAAUUCCAUCAACAGAAGCCAAGAUUAUUUUGCCAGAAAGUGGUAAAGAGGUGGAUUCUAAUGAAAUUGGGGAAAUUGUGCUUCGCGGUCCACAGAUAAUGAAAGGAUAUUACAAAAAUGAAAAGGCCAAUCAAGAAGUAUUCAUGAGCGGCGGAUGGCUUAAAACGGGCGAUCUAGGAUAUUAUGACGACGAUGGCCAUUUUUUCAUUACAGGUCGACGAAAGGAACUGAUCAAGGUCAAAGGUUAUCAAGUUGCCCCUGCUGAGUUGGAGGAGUUAAUACUAGGCCAUCCUGAUGUAGACGAUGUUGCUGUAGUUGGGGUGCCUCAUGAUACAUUAGGGGAAGCUCCAAAAGCCUUUGUGGUGCGCAAGCAUGGCUCUAAUGUUACCCCGAGGUUAAUAGAAGAUUACGUAAAGGAAAAUGUUGUGAAAUAUAAACAAUUAAGUGGAGGAGUUUCAUUUAUAGACUCCAUACCUAAAAAUGGUACUGGAAAGAUAUUAAGGAACCAAUUGAAGGAACUACUGUAAUUCCUCAACAAUGAUCAGGAUACAAAUUGAAAUUUGAUUUGAUUCGUAUGAGUAAAAGUAAUAUCAAACAGCUUUACGUAUUAAACUUUCGUUCCAAAUUUUGUAAAAGUUUCAGAACCUAAAAUAACAUUGCAGUCUUGCUGUAGAAAUGAUGUGAUCCAUCUACAGAGAAAAAAUCUCUCGGUGUGCGAAUGUAUAGCGAGCAGCUACUUUUUCAAUAAAGCCUGAACGUCCGGCCGUUGGCACGACAACUGAAAAACGCUUUGAGACACUGAAAUUUCGUACAUAUACUAGGAUUUUCUUUAGUUUGUGCGCACGUCAUCGAUGUAUUAUAACAUCAUCACUAAGUAUGUUAACAUAGCGCCAUGCAAUCAAUAAAAGAGAAUAAAUUACAUCAAUGACUGGUAUCGACCAAUUACUAAAAAAAAAGUGUCGGUAAUUAUUUGUAACACGAUGUCAAUGUCGCGAUCUUUUACUAAAGGUAGACAGUAUUAUUUGGACGUAAAGUAGUUAGCUAAGUUAGCAGCAGAAAUCGAGAAGCGACUGCCAUCUUGACUUACUCCGUACUACAGAUAUAACGUAUAUCUGUUGUCCAUACUAACGAGCCAGAGCCACCGUUAUUGUCAUGUCAAAAGGACGGACGUUUGCGGCACUUUUGAAUCUGGGUAGUAGCCGGUGUUAAGACUGGGGGUUCUUUUUAUACAGCAAUGGCCGCAAAAACCCUGUCAUAGCCCACACAAAAAUACACGAACUAAAUUAACAAAGACAACAAAAGCGAAUGAAAAUCCACAAAACGUUUCAAAUUGUGUGACAAUAAAAAUCAGGUCACGAAUUUCAAGAUUCUAGGAACGUCAUAUUUUUUUCCAAAAUCAUCAAUUUGCAUCGUUCCAUUUGGUUGUUGAACGUCGCAAGGGCGAUAAACUUUCGCCUAACUUGUUCGCCGAUCUUCUUGUUUUCGUCGUGGCCAAAAUCAAGCCACAGCCUUUUUACCGAAGACACGUUCUUUUCGAAGGUUGAUAUCUGAAUAAACCGAAAAACAUUAAUCUGAAUAGUCAGUUACAAAAAUAUCUUCUUUAUCUGAAUGAUCUUCCAAAUUAAUUAUUAGUGGGCCUACACCAUCUCGGUCAAACUUCGCUUCUCUGUGCCACCAAUCUACAGUGCCUUUCCACAUAUCAGGUGUAACUGCACCAUUGGCUUGUUGCCACAUUAAACACUUUUCCCUGCCAUAACCUUUCUCGCCAAUGUGUCGGCUAUAAUGUUGUGUGCGCAAAUUCCCCAUAUAUUUUCGAUAGGAUUGCAAAUGCAAUGGUAGAGAGGCAACCGUUGUACCACAUGCCAAUUUUCUAAUGACAUAUCAUCAGCAGUAUAUCGUUUUGAAGGUUUGUUUCAGAAGUAACAAAUUUUGACGAUCAGAAAUUGUAACUCUAUAACAUACAAAGUACAUACAUGGUAAUCCGGUAGUUUCGAUCAACUGUUAAUUUUGCAUAUGAUCAUGACAUGCGCACGCGGUUUGCUCUUUCAGGUCUCAAGUCCGGCUUUCUUACUUUAGUUUUCUAGCAUCGGCAAAAAUUCUACAUGGUAAGCAAAACAACACGUUCAUUUUUAACACAACCGCAUAUACGCAUCCACCUCGUUUUAUUGUAUUUUUCUACUUUAAACACCCGUAAACGUUACAGCAUUUCGUCUAAUGUAUAAGUUAUUCCACCGAAUACAUUUUUUCCAUAAUUGCAAAAGAACAACUUCACUGUAAUCGUAAUGCAAACGUAUAUCCACCCGCGCACGGUUAUUACUUGUUAGGUAUACAGUCUCGCUGUUGUUCAAUAGAAAGUUGACUGAACCGCACGGCUACUUCCUAUAUAACACAAGUACGUAUAUUGCAAAUACACAGUACGUACAGCCCUGGAUUUACGGAUGUACAUUGCACGUACACUUACGUUUUUGUGCGUACAUUUCACGUACAUGGUACGUUAUUUUUGCUCCACUUUGUACAUACUAGGUACGUACCUUGCCGUAUGUAUUAUGUACGAGACCAAGAGUAAGUACACUGUACAUACAUAACAGUGCGUCUAAUGUACGUACGGCAGUACGUAC